GCAAUCCCACUGUUAUUGUACUUUUGUCUUUGGUACAUGGGGUUCAAAAUUCAUCUUUUUUGGGUCUCCAUUUUUGGGGCAGGGUAUGGGAUGUAGUUAUUUUAGGUGGAAUGAAUGUUUAUGUUGGGCACCUUUUGUAUUUUUUUAUAGCCCAGUACGAUUAUUUUUGUAUGUUAAUGUAUUGAAGAUGUGUCGAGAAACCUUUUAUAACGAAGCUAAGUUUUGCAUAUUAGCAUUAUAUGUUACACUUACGACCCAGCAAGCUGCUCGGUCCAGUAGUUAACAGUAAACAGGAGGUCGUGGGUUUGAGUCCCAUCCGACUAUCAUUUUAAUAUUGUUGACAGUGGAGGGGCAAACAUUUGCAUGGAGCGACGUCAUGUCGAAUAGAAACUUUGCUCAAUCGCUAAAAAAAGUCCAUUUGCACAGGUGACUUAUACUCACGUUACCCGUCUAUCACAGGUUGGACUUUCCACCUGUAAUUGUUCAGAAAUUGUUUUCCGCCGGAAUAAGGACAAGAUCAAAGUUUGCACGUCCACCAUUGCGCCGUGUGCAAAGAUCUCUGCACACUGCUAGACAGGUGGAUAGUACCUAUGCAUGCGCUGCCGUUUCUUUGUUGCCAGUUAAAAAAAACAAAUAUUACGGUUUUGUUGCAGCAUGUAACGUUAGUUCCCUGCAAUCAUUGCCUGCAACAGGAAUUGUUCGCAGGCUUUCAACCAAAAACAUACUGAGUGAAAGGAGUACGUGUACCUAAAUAUGACUGUCUCAAGUUCAUAGCUCUGAUUGUUGUUCCAAACUUGACGAAGAAGUUGAAGCUGCAAAGUGCAGCGGGUAUUUCCAGACGGUGGAAGUGAUCAGGUUUAGGAGACACCAGCUGUGGAUUUGGUCGGAAAGGCGGGAAAAUGCCGAUCGGUCCGGGGAAUGCCAUCAAAAUCUGCCUGGUUGGGAGUUCUACAGUGGGGAAGUCAUGUAUCGCUGAGAGGCUAGUUCACGAUGAAUUCCUCGAACAAACCAAAUCGACCAUUGGGAGUGCUUAUUCAAAAACAGACUUGACUGUGAACGGAGAAACCGUCAAAUUGAAUCUAUGGGACACAGCCGGACAAGAAAGGUUUCGAGCCUUGGCACCACUUUACUACAGAGAUGCAUCCGCCAUUGUCCUAGUCUAUGACAUCACUAACGAACAAUCCUUCCACAGUCUUCGGACGGUCUGGUUGCCUUCUAUACGAGCGUGUACCAAGCCAGACGUGGCGCUUGCCGUAGUAGGCAACAAACUGGACCUUGAAGAGACAGACCGAGUCAUCUCGGCCGAGCUGGCGCGAGGUUACGCUGAUAUACUGGAAGCCGUCUUCUUAGAAACGAGCGCCAAGACGGGGCACAACGUGGAGAGAAUAUUCACUGAACUAGUUAUGAAGAUCAGAGCAUCCAAACAGACAUCAAGCCACCAGGCGACCAAGGUGGAGGAGGAACAAACGAACAUCAUCAAGCUACCGGGGAGCACAGAGCACAACAGCCUGACCGACCGGGGCCCAGAACCGAAUGGCCACGGUGUCACCUCGGACGGUCAACAUGCUGAGAAACACAAGUCAACCUGUAAAUGCAACUGACAUCAGCCUUUGUUCGAUUCAGUUUUCAAUUAAAAUCAUUUUACUCAUUUCGACGUCCUCAUAAGUCCUCGCAAGCCAUCACGAGUCCCUCACAGGUCCCCACAAGUCUUCCCAAGUCCAUCAUAAGUCCUCACAAGUCGUCACAGGUCUUCUCAAGUCAUCACAAGUCCUCAUAAAAGUCCUCAUAAGUCUUCCCAAGUCCCCCACAACGAUCCUCACAAGUCGUCACAUGUCCGCACAGGUCCCUCACAAGUCGUCACAGGUCUUCUCAAGUCCAUCACAAGUCCUCAAGAAAGUCCUCACAAGUCCCCCCCACAAGGCCUUACAAGUCCUCACAA